UUAAAUGAAGUGACAACGUUAACAUAUCUUUCUCAGCUUGGCUACCGGCAAGUUAAGCCACCCAGUUUGAAUCUGAUUGAAAGUGAGGUCCAUUUAACUACAACGAAUCGAACUGGCGACGAAGCCCUAAUGACUCCUGUAUCUAACGUGGACUGCGUUCACAUGGCUACUGGCGGAUCAAAAAUGGAGCUUGGAUAUCUCGAAAUGACUCUCAAACAACUGUCCGGACCUCCAGAGGAAGUUUAUCGACGGAUAUUGGAUCGACAGACCAAACUGGAAGAGCAAUAUGAGAGUUUAUAA